CAGCUUCCAAAAAGACUUCUCCUUUGACGAAAAAGGUGAUCCAAUCAAAGUUCCGAAAGACACAGAUGUUAGUCUCUUGGCUAAUCUCAACAAAGUCUCUGAGUUGAGGAAACGAUUUGAAGGCAUCACCACAAGCGCGAGUGAUUGGGAAAUGAACAGAAAAGAGCGCAUCGCUCGGCGUGUAGAAGGCAUUGAGGGUGAGGUGCAUCCAUCCCUGCUGCCCAAUCUGGUGGCCAACCGACUUCUGGAAGAGGAUACACCACGAUACACAAGAGCCUCUGACCCCUGCGAGCCAUGCGGUGUUACUGUGCAGAGGUACGGGAUGGAAGGGUUUGAAAAUCCAGAUCUGCAGCCGAUGGUUCCCGAGCGACAGUCCAAAACUCAAUGCAGAUCUGAUCCUAAAGCCUCCAAUCGCACCGAUCAUGUCUCCGGUUCAUCCUCAUCCACCAAAGUGGCUCCAGAGCUCGAGUCCAAAGCUGAACGCAUUGCCCGCUACAAGGCGGAGCGGCGUCGGCAGCUAGCCGAGCGCUACGGCAUCUCUUUGGACCAGGAGCCGGACAUGGAGCAUCCAUCCCGGUACACUCGUACUCUGAAAGAGUCUGAGGGUUCCGAAAGGCGCAACCCAUCGGAGUUUGUUCCAGAUGCAGAGAGCGAUGUCGCAAUGAAUUCCUACGCCUCCACCAGUAGCCCCAGGAGAGGGCAAAGUGUGCCCCAACACGGCCACCCCGAGACCGGCUAUGAAAUGAGUCGAAGCAGAGUCGACUCGUUCUCAGAGAGGGAAAGACUGAUGAACUUGGAGAAUCAACGCAGAGCAGCCGCUCCUGAGUCCUCCACUUACAUGGAUGUUACAUCAUUGUCGUCCAGUGCUACAGUGCCUGCUAAGGACUACACAGCCACGGGCGUACCCCCAAGCUCGCCCAAGAUGAGCCGACGGCCUUCUAUCCCCUCCCCUAAACACGGGGUGUCACCCGGCGACCUCUUUAUUGAGCAGCAGGCCCAUAACAUACUCAACAGACAUGGGUGAGUACUUCUUUUCCAUUCUCAGAUAGUGUCUUGUGCACUGCAAACUUAAAAGAAUCGGUGUUUGGCAUAUCCCCAAGACCUGAUGUGUCCAUUUGCUACUGACCCUUCUUCUACUUUACACCGUGACAAAAUAUGGCAGAUUGAGAAACUUUGAGUUCAACUCCAGGCCGUGCUGUUGCAAUGGUGCUAUUGGCUUUGUGGCUGAGCAAAGUUAAUUGCUCCUCUUUGGCCUCUUUUUU